AUGGCAUCGCUUCUACUCCUAGUGAGUAGCUCAUGGCUCCUCUUCUGCUCUCUCUUCCUUACUCCGGUGGCCGCCGAUCAGCGGGCCUCGUACAUUGUCCACAUGGACAAGUCCGCCAUGCCGCCAGCGCACUCCGACCACCGUGAGUGGUACUCCACCGUGCUAGCGUCUCUAGCAGCAGCAGCAGCCGACUCUUCGGGCGCCGCCAGUGGCGACCAGCCGCGGCUCGUCUACAUCUACGACGAUGCGCUCCACGGCUUCACGGCCACCCUCUCGGCCUCCGAGCUCCGCGCCCUGAGCCGCGUGCCGGGCUUCGUCUCGGCCUACCCGGACCGCCGCUCUGACAUCACUCACGACACCACCCACUCCACGGAGUUCCUCCACCUCAGCCCGUUCGGUGGGCUGUGGCCGGCAGCCAAGCUCGGCGAGGACGUCAUUAUCGGCAUGAUCGACACCGGAGUGUGGCCAGAGAGCGCGAGCUUCGAUGACGCCGGCAUGUCUCCCGUGCCGUCCCGGUGGCGCGGCACGUGCGAGCCGGGUGUGGCGUUCCCCGCCUCCCUGUGCAACCGGAAGCUCAUCGGAGCGCGCUACUUCAACAGGGGUUUGGUCGCCGCGAACCCCGGCGUCAAGAUCAGCAUGAACUCCACGCGCGACAGCAUAGGCCACGGCACGCACACAUCGUCGACAGCCGGGGGCAGCCCCGUGCCGGGCGCGUCCUUCUUCGGGUACGGGCUCGGCACGGCCCGUGGAGUUGCCCCGCGUGCUCAUGUUGCCAUGUACAAGGUCAUCUGGCAUGAGGGCCGGUAUGCGUCUGACGUGCUAGCCGGCAUGGACGCGGCCAUCGCGGACGGCGUUGAUGUCAUCUCCAUCUCAAUGGGCUUCGACGGCGUGCCGCUGUACGAGGACCCGGUGGCCAUAGCUGCUUUCGCCGCCAUGGAGCAUGUCGCAGCUGGCACGGUGGACCGGACAAUGUUCUCUGGCACCGUGUCCUAUGGCAACACGACGCUAACCACCAUAACAGGCUUGACGAACUAUCCGGCGAACGCUUGGGUGGUGGGCACGAAGCUGGUGUACGACGACACCAUCUCGGCGUGCAACUCGUCGGCGUCGAUGGCAAACAUAACGACGAGCAUAGUCGUGUGUCGUGACACCGGGUAUGUCACUGAGCAGCUGAACACCACGAACGAGGCCGGCGUCGCCGGUGCCAUCUUCAUCACGGACGUCAAGACUUUUGAUGACACCAUGCCGCUCCCAGCCAUUUUCAUCAGCUCGAAAGACGCACCGGCGCUGCUGAGCUACAUCAACUCGACCAUGACCCCAACGGCGACAAUGAAGUUCCAACAGACGAUCCUCGGCACGCGGCCGGCGCCGGUGGUCGCCGUGUACUCUUCUCGAGGCCCGUCCAAGAGUUACCCCGGCGUGCUCAAGCCGGACUUACUAGCGCCGGGGGACAGAAUACUCGCGUCGUGGGCGCCCGUAUCUCCACUGGGGCUGAUCGGCCAGACCUCGCUGGGCAGCGACUUCCUCGUCGCGUCCGGGACGUCCAUGGCGUGCCCGCACGCCAGCGGCGUGGCCGCAUUAUUGCGGGCGGCGCACCCGGACUGGAGCCCCGCCAUGAUCAAGUCGGCGAUGAUGACCACCGCGACCACGAACGACAACACGUUCCACCCGAUCACGGACGCCGGCGCCGGCUUCGACGGCAACGACAACGGCACCACGGCGAGCCCGCUGGUCAUGGGUUCCGGCCAAGUCAGCCCCAACUCGGCCAUGGACCCGGGGCUGGUGUACGACGCCGGGCCCAAGGACUUCGUCGAGCUGCUCUGCUCCGCGAACUAUACCACCGCCCAGAUCGCGGCGAUCACGAGCAACGUGGCCGUGGCCGUGACGCCGGCGACGCUGGAGUUCAGCGGCGCGGGGCAGAAGGUUUCGUUCGAGGUAGACAUCAAGCUCACCGCGCCUACUCCCGGAGGCAAGGCCGCCUACGGGGCCGUGGUGUGGACCGACACCAGCGGCAAGUACCGCGUGAGGACACCCUACGUUAUCCUUUGA